AUGCUUUUCUUCACCCAGUGCUUUGGGGCUGUGUUAGAUCUUAUUCACCUGCGGUUUCAGCACUACAAGGCAAAGAGGGUUUUCUCAGCUGCCGGGCAACUUGUCUGCGUCGUCAACCCAACACACAGCCUCAAGUAUGCACCGACCCGCUGUGCAGCUGUGCAGGCGUCCACAGAGCAAGGCAUCCUUCCUCCCUGCCAUCACCACGAAGCAGUGCAUGACCCCCAGCUGGUCCCCUGCACGUGCCCGCUCUUCUCCUGCCCAUGGGAAGGGCAUCUGGAGGUGGUGGUGUCCCACCUGAGGCAGACCCACCGCAUCAACAUCCUUCAGGGCGCAGAGAUUGUCUUCCUGGCCACGGACAUGCACCUGCCCGCACCCACGGACUGGAUCAUCAUGCACUCUUGCCUUGGCCACCAGUUUUUGCUGGUCCUCAGGAAGCAGGAGAAGUAUGAGGGCCACCCCCAGUUCUUCGCCACGAUGAUGCUGAUCGGCACGCCCACCCAGGCCAACAACUUCACCUACCGGCUGGAGCUCAACAGGAACCAGAGGCGCCUCAAGUGGGAGGCGACCCCCAGGUCGAUCCUGGAGUGUGUUGACUCUGUCAUUUCAGAUGGGGAUUGCCUUGUGCUGAACACUUCCCUGGCUCAACUCUUUUCUGACAACGGAAGCCUAGCAAUAGGAAUUGCGAUAACCACCAGCAAAGUUCACAGCUCCGAAGCUGAAAUGUGA